CGCUACACCUGAACCAGGAACAGCUGAUUUCAGCGCUACAGCUGAUCUGUAUCUGCAUGUGCCAGAAAGUGUCAUGUGUGAUUGCACAGAGCACCAAGCCUUAAGACAUCCCCUGAAAAUAAGACACCGUGGUUUUUUUUGAGGAAAAAAAGUUAUAAGACGGUGUCUUAAAAAGGGGGAAACACGGUAGAAUGGCCACUUGGAGGAGGAAAUGGAGAGUGGUUGCGAAGCUCCAAAACUUAGGGCCACUACUCAUUUUUCCUAUGGGAUGGUAAUGGAAGGAUGACCAGUUAGAAUUUAGUUUGAUCUUUCAUUCACCAUUUUAUGGAGCUCUUUCAGUUGCUCAUCCAAUAAUUGCCACAUGGUACCAACAGCCAAUAGGGUGUUCAACAGUAUUUUUACCAUACUGGUUUCUGUUAGUUUCCACCUAAAAGUUUCUGCCUUGCAUCUGAAAACUUGCAUCUGUCUCUUUAACAAAGAAGUGCAUUCCUUUCCAUUGGUUGAAGAAUUUAGUUUCACUUUUGCAGCCAGAACUCCACAUACGGGACAAAGAAUUAAAAGUAAUAUAAAAUGAAAAUUCUUAACCAGAGCUUCCUUAUUUGUUAAUAAUCUUUCUUAGUCACAAACAAUUAAAAUUUGUUUUUUGUUUUAUUUUCAGUCUGUCAAUGCCUCUUCUUACACCAGCAGUCAGUUUACAUUCCAGGUGAUAGUUUAAUUGGUAGACAGAUCACCUCAGUUGUAAUUAACCACAGUCUCAAAGAUAUUUAAAAGAAGGGAGAUCUAGCUGACCUAAUGCCUCGAGGGCUAGUAUUCAGGGCUAUUAUGUGGUGGGCACAGUAGUGGUUGGUUUCUCACUCCCAGUCACUCACUGUAUCAGAAACGCCCCCAUUCUUCAGAGUAAAGAGUAGCUUUCUUCAGAGCAUUAGAGGUUGAUCCCUUGGAUCCCCCUAUAUUCAAAGAGAGGAUGUGACAACCAAGAUUUACGUCUUGGCUGUCAUUAAUCACUGCAUAAUUACAGUAUCUCUGUUUACGGAGUACCAACAGUAAACAACUAGUCAGCCAUCUUUUCAUCCCAGAAGUCUGUAUUUAGGCAUAUGGGAAAUUAUCACAUGAAUGUUUGUUUUCUGGUGGUUACAGAUGAAUAAAUAAAUUGUUUUAGUUUUAAUUCUGUAUAUACUUUGCCAUGUAAGAGGUCUUGUGAGGCUUUUGUCUUAAAAGAUAGCCUAAUAGAUUUGACAUAAGCAAAAUUGCCAGAGUAGAACCUAAGAGACCAAACUACAAACUGGUUCAAUUGCUAAUUCUCACUGGGAAUGAGAAAGUGGUCUAAAGCAAGCUCCACCCACCCCCCUGCAAUAUGGGGUAACCAUUCUGGCACAUGUUUUUAAAUAUAUUAUUAGAAUCAUGAUUGAAAUUGUCAGGGUGACUUUCAAUGAAAUCAUUCCUGCAUUUCAGGGGGUUGGACUAGAUGACCCUUGGGGUAGAUUGCUGUUUUUGAGCUAUUUGUAUGGAAAACUGGCGAAAAGGGCACUGCUGCCAUGGGCUGCCAUACACCUGGAUUUUCCUGGACAGUUUCCUGAUUUUUGCCUGGACACUGCUGCCCACUGCAGUACCUUGGUUCUCAAACGCCUUGGUUCCCAAACAGUGAAAACCCGGAAGUGCUCCGGUUUUUAAACAGUGCAGGUAAGAACUUAUUUUUAUUUUUAUUAUCUACAAUACUGUCUUAUUUUAUAGUACAGUACAGUACAUUGAUUAUUGCUUUCAUUUUUUGGAUCAAUGGUCUCGUUAGAUAGUAAAAUUCAUGUUAAAUUGCUGUUUUAGGGGUUGUUUUUAAAAGACGAACGGAUUAAUAUGUUUUGCAUUAUUUUCUAUGGGAAAGCACGCCUUGGUUUUGGAACGGACUUCACGAAUGGAUUAUGUUUGAGAACCAAGCUACCAGUGUAUUCCGACUGUGUACGGGAAAAUCCAGACAUAUGUCAGCCGUACCUUGGGGUCUCUACACUUCUGUAAUUAAAAUGGUAAUCCUUACAAUAAGGAACACUUUUCCUAUGUAAGGACGUUAUCUGAUAGGAAAAGUCAGUUAGGGCCCACAGCCAGAAGUGGGGGAGUUCGCAACAUUGCAUAGCUCUUUCUCCGAGAAACCUCAUCUCUUAGAAUCACAGCACUGUAGAGUUGGAAGAGACCCAACCACAUGCAAUGCAGGAAUCAUCUGCCCCUUUCUUACUUAAAAAAUAUGGAAAAGGUAACACCCCCACAUUUUUCCAUUUUUAAAAAACAAUUAAAUUAAUUUUUAAAAAACAAUUAAAACUGGUACUGGAUUUUUUUUAUCAUGCUAUAUGCAUUAAUUAGCUCUCACCAAUAUGUACCUGAAACUCAGGAUUACAUUUUAUAUAUCUGAAAGCUUAUGCCAUAAUAAAUGCAUUCAUGUUUAAGAUGCCACAAGACUUGCUGCUGUAUUUACCACAUACAGUGGAACCUCAGGUUGCGGACGUAAUCCGUGAUGGAAGCACGUCCGCAACCCGCAGCGUUCGUAACCUGCAGCGCUGCGUCUGGGCACGCACGUGAUUCGAUUUGGUGCUUGCGCGAUUGUCAAAACCCGGAAGUAACCCUUCCCAGUACUUCCGGGUUUCCCGUGAUCCGCCACCUGAAAAUGUAACCUGAAGCAUUUGUAACCCGAGGUAUCACUGUCCUUCCUUUUUGUUAGGUAAUAAUUCACUUUUGUUGAACACAGGUAAUUAAUACUGGCAGUUGUUUCCGCUUCUGCUCUCCUUCUGUCUGCAGUCUAGAGACAGAGAGAGGCAAGGAAGAAAAGGAAGCAGCCCCUCUAUGAACUGUGGGGAGAUGCUCGGUUGCUGUCCGCAAUCUGCGGUGGACUCCCUGACAUGUGGCACCAACAGAUGCCAAAACAUGCCAGUUGGAUUGCUAUACAGUGGUGCCUCGCUUAAUGAAUGCCCUGCUUAACGAAAUUUCCGCUUAACGAAAGUUUUUUUCUAGCGGAGGUUGCCUCGCUAGACAAAUUCGUUUUAUGAAAAAUUCGUCUAGCGAAUCGCGGUUUCCCAUAGGAAUGCAUUGAAAUUCAAUUAAUGCGUUCCUAAGGGCAAAAAAUUUUCAAUGCAUUCCUAUGGGAUUCGCUAGACGAAUUUUUCGUUAUAAGAAAAGACCCGUGGAACGAAUUAAAUUCGUCUAGCGAGGCUCACUGUAGCAUGUUAUAUGUGGGGCUGCCUCUCAAGACGCUUCAGAAACUUUAGCAGGUGCAAAAUUUGGCAGCUCUGUUGCUCACCAGGGCAAGACAGUUUGAACAAAUCCUGGCCCAGCUGCACUGGCUACCAAUAAGUUUCCGGGCCCAAUUCAAAGUGCUGGUUUUGACCUACAAAGCCUUUAAUGGCUCGGGAACGCAGUACCUCAAGGACCACCUCUCUCCAUGUGAACCAACCCAGACCCUGAGAUCAUCUUCUGAAGCCCUUCUUUGUGUGCCUCCUCCCUGAGAGGUCUGGAGGGUGGCAACACGAGAACGGGCUUCUCUGCAGUGGCUCCCCAUCUGUGGAAAGCUCUCCCUGGCACCUUCAUUAUACAUCUUAAGGUGCCAGGCAAAAGUGUUCCACUUUAACCAGGCCUUUGGCUAAUUAACAUCUUGUGACCUUUUAAAUGUCUUUGGGUGGGGGUUAUGGGAUUGUUCUUGUUUGUGUUAUGUAUUUUGUGUUUUUAUUUUGGAUUUUUAUGCUGUGAACUCCCCAGAGGUCUUUGAAGGAAGGGGUUAUACAAAUUUAAUAAAUAAUAACAAUACCAGCAUCCAUGGUGCAUGUUCUAAACUCAGCUGUUCCUUGUUAGUGUCUUCUGCCUUUGGGACUUCCUGAUUCUGGUUUCAUUUUGCCCUGCCUUUACUGAAUGGCUACACCUCGUAAGAUUGGUCUUGCUGUAUGUAAUUGUUUUUCCAAGUUCCCUUUUUAUGUUCUUAUUUUUUGACUCAAACAAAAAAAGCUAUGAUGAAGAGUUAUCUUACAUGGCAGAAGUAUUGCUAAGUGACCCGGAUGCCCCCGGUACCCCAGUACAAGGUUAUGGUGUGUUUAGAAUAAUUAAUACUCUGACAAAAACAAUGCCUUCUGUUGCAAUUUAAUUGAAGUAAAUUAUAUUCAAAUUAAGUGGUUUUAACAAUACUGCAAAGUUGUGUUUAGCUGAUUUACAGUGUAAAGGGUUUGGUGAUUGAUCAUUAACUUCUCUGAACAGUGAAAUUAUUUGGUUCUUUAGCAAACAGAGUGCAGGGAGGAAUAUCUGAUAGGGCUGCAUGAAUUGCUGUGGCCUCUCCUUCUCCACUUGUUGAGCGUGCUCACGUCUGUAUGUUCCAGGCAAUUGUUCGGCCUUUGCUCUCCAACUAGCUAAGGUGUGGCUGGCUGAUUCAGGUUGUUCUCUCUUUCCCCUCUUACCUGAAGAUUUGCAUGUUUGACCUGGUGGAGUAAUUGGGCCCACAGCAACCUGGGCGUGCCUCGCUGAGAAACAUUUAGUUUCAUGUAUGACUCAUAAGCUGAGGCACACACACCACUUCCCCAAUCUACAGAAGCCAUUUUAACUGCACAAAACUGCUGGAUUUCUUUUUACUGUCUAGCUUUUGGGACUCUGCAAACAUCCUAGAUCAAGGGGUCUUUGGAUUGCAAGAGUAUUCUGGAAGGCAUUUUCUAAUUGACCUGUCUCUGAAUAGUAGAAUCCGGGAAGAUUGUAUAAGAAUCUGGGUACCUGAGUAACUUCAAGAUCGUCUAGCCCACACAACUCAUUCCUGAUGAUAAACUCUGUUUCUUUACAUUGAAGGAGCAUUUUCCUCACAUGCAGAACUGAAAUCUUGGAAUGCUUUAUUAUGGCAGCAGCUGUACAGCAGAAUGACCUAAUGUUUGAAUUUGCCAGUAAUGUUAUGGAGGAUGAGCAACAGGUUGAUCAGGGCAACAUACUGAUUCUGCCAUUGUUACCCUCCAAUUCAUCCUCUCAACAAUCCUCUGAAGUAGGUUUGACGGAGAAAUAGUGACUGACCCAAGUUCACGCAGGGACUUACACCUAGGCGGACACUCCCCUCUACAGGAGGAUGGCUGCUUCUGCCUAGUUGCUGUUGGUGUGACUCCCCCUGGAAGGACAAGAGCUGGGUGAUCCAUCAAUCUUUCCUGCUGUCAUUGUGGAACAUGUACCCAGUGCAGAUCUCCUGAACACUUACUCUGGUUUGUCCUGUGUUGCUGAACCCAGCGACAUGAUAACAGAGAACUCGCUGGAUGUUGCAGAAGAAGAAAUUAUAGAAGAUGAUGAUAUCACCCUUACAGUUGAAGCCUCUUGUCAGAAUGGAGAUGAAACAAUGCAAACCAUUGAAGCUGCUGAAGCUCUUCUUAAUAUGGAUUCUCCUGGCCCAAUGCUGGAUGAGAAGAGAUCAACCCAUGGGUUUGGGAUGGAGGAGGAUGUUGACCUUGGUCCUAUUACUAAUGUGUCAGUCACACUAGAUGGGAUUCCAGAGGUGAUGGAGGUUCACCAGAUCCAAGAGGCAUUUGCUGAAUCACCAAGCGCUCUAGCACUGGAGCAACCGAAGAAGAGAAAAGGGAAGAAACCCAAAGCUCCACGACCAGAAUCUCCCACUCUGACUCCAAACAUAUCAGUGAAAAAGAAAAGCAAAGAUGGGAAGGGAAACACCAUUUACCUUUGGGAGUUCUUGCUAGCUCUGCUUCAGGACAAAGCCACUUGUCCGAAGUACAUAAAAUGGACUCAGAGGGAAAAGGGCAUUUUUAAGCUUGUGGAUUCCAAGGCCGUGUCAAGGUUGUGGGGAAAGCACAAAAACAAACCCGAUAUGAAUUAUGAAACAAUGGGCAGGGCUCUCAGAUAUUAUUACCAAAGAGGCAUUCUGGCCAAAGUAGAAGGACAACGUUUGGUGUAUCAGUUUAAAGAAAUGCCAAAAGACCUUGUUUACAUAGAUGACGAAGAUCCAAGUUUGAGUACAGACUCCCCUGAUUCAUCUUUACAAUCAACACCUGUUGGUAAUAGAAACCAGACGGGCAGGUCUAAAACAUCUUCAAACAUGGUGCAAAAAGGAACGUCUGCUGCUGUUUUAAAGAUUCCAGUCACCUCCAAGUCUGCCAGGCUUAAGCAGCCCAUUGAAAGUGUUCCACAGCAGCUGCCUGCGGUGACAGCAGAAGCGCUGAGGACGGGGCAGCCUAGUCAGCCAGUCCAUCCAACUCAGCUUUAUCGGACAGUUCAUUUAAUGCACCCCCUGCAGGCCAUUCCAGAAGGACACACAGCUGUGACCAGUAACAUGCUGGAGGAGACAGGGAGUCCGUCUCUUCAAAACAUAAGGACCAUCCAAGCCCCAAGCCAAGUUCCGGUUGUUGUGUCCCCAGGCAACCACCAGCAGCUGCAUACCGUAACACUCCAAACAGUGCCUCUAACCACAGUGAUAGCCAGUGCAGACCCAACAUCCACAACACCCCAAAAGUUCAUUCUACAAGCCAUCCCAACUUCACAGCCCAUGACUGUGCUUAAAGAGAACAUAAUGCUGCAGUCUCCCAAGCCAGUCUCUCCUCCUUCAUCCAUUGUCUUCAGUCCUGCUCAGGUUCACCAAGUUCUCACCAGCAACGUGCAAACCAUUUGCAAUGGAACAGUCAACAUGGCUUCUUCUCCAUCCUUCAGCACUGCUACCCCGGUGGUAACUUUUACGCCCAGCAAUUCACACGUUGUUGCUCAGCCGUCCAACACUGUGAUCACUUCCGUCAUUAAAGCUCCAGAAACUAAACCAACUGUUAUACAAGGAGUGAUAAAAUCAGAGGCUGAGGAUAACACAGUGGAAGAAUGCAAACACUCAGAGCAAGGCUUCCAACAGCAGCCUUUGGUGGUGGUGGUAUCCAAUUCCAAUGGAUUUCCCUCUUCUGUGCAAAUUAAGCAAGAAAGUGAACAGUUGGAGCAAAGCUCAUACAAGUAAAGGGUUUUUUUUUUGUGAUGGGACUUCACCAGCUGUUUAUCAUUUGAUUCCAAAGCAGGCAUUACAAAGCUACUUUAAUUUCUGAAAUUAAUUUAGAAGUAAUAUGAUACACUUUAUUUCAAUGUUUUGUUUGCUACAUGAUAUAAAAUAUUAAUGUUUAAAAAUGCAAGCUUGAAGGAAUAUGGCAUUUAUCUUUUUUUAGAUCACUGUCCAAAAUUUCUUAAUUUCAUACACUUCAUGCAUUAUUUGUCAAUCUUGCUAUCUUGCAUAAUAAUAUAAUCACUGCUGUAAUCAGUGCUUUAAAAUAAUAAAUUUCUACAAAGAUGUUUCCACCCAUCUAUGUGAUUUUAUUUUUAUAUGGAUAGAAAACAAGUGGACAGUUGGAAAUAUACUUGUUUCUAAUGUGUUUUGCACCAACUACUUUGUUGUGCAAAAUGAAAUACACCUCCCAACCCAAAAAGAUACUAAUUACAAUAUGCUUUUGUUUUCAUCAUGCGGAUAUAUUGGGUAUACUGUACCUGUUCACCAAAACUGAAGUUAUCAUUACUGGUGCAAUUAUUUUCAGACCACUUCAAUAUUCAAGCUUUAAAAAAUGUGUUUCCCAUUAUUUUGUAGGAAGCUGAAAAAAGAAUUGUAUGAUUUAUGAAAGUAUGAGAUUAAAAUGUUUCUAUAGAAGUAGUUUUCUAUUGUAAAUAUGUAAUUUAAUUUCUCAAAGACUUUUUCAAAAUUUUGUUUCCAUAGAGCAAUAUUUUAUAGAUACAAAUAAGAUCAUUAUGUUUAGAGCUCUAAAGUUAUAUGUAUUCAUAUAUUACAGAGUGGAUUUGUAUUUAAAAACUUUUAAAUUGUGGAACCCUUCUGAACCUUUUUUGUCUUUUGUAUUUUAAAUUGGUUUAUUAUGAAAAUAAAUCAAGUACAACAUGUU